AUGUUUGAAGAAAGUGAAACUUUUGACAUGAAUCUAUCAAAUUGUUCUCAGUGUCAAAAUGGAAUUUGUCGAUUGUCUCAAAGUAGUAUUGAUGGUUCAACUCAUUGCGAAUGCUCAGGCUUGUUUGAAGGAGAAUUUUGUCAAGAGUGUAAAGAUGGUUUUGUCAAAUUAUCGGACAAGUGCGUUUGUCCGAAUGGUUAUCAACAAAUUGGUUUUGGCUGUGUCUUUGUUAGUAGCUCAAACGCCACUUCCUGUUUUGGAUAUAGUGUCAAAGAAGGUGAUCGUGCAUGUUCUUAUCAUGGAAUUUGUAAUUUGAAUACUCAUUUGUGUGAAUGUAGUGAAAACUUUGAUGGUGACAGAUGUUCAACAUGUAAGACAGGUUACACUGGUUCAAAGUGUGAUAUUCCAAUUUGUCAUGAUGUGAGUGCCAUCGAUUCAACUGUUUGUAAUUCCAAAGGUGAUUGUGUAGCACCUGACAGCUGUCAAUGUAAUGCAAAUUAUUAUGGACCUAAUUGUGCAAGCUUUAAAUGUAAUGGCAUUGAAAAGAAUAAUGCUUUAGUUUGUUCAUCACAUGGUACAUGUUCCAAUGCUGAUGUAUGCACUUGUUCCUCAAAUUAUGAUUCGUCCACUUUCUGUUCAAAAUGUCUUCCUUCCUACAAUGGAACUGAUUGUUCCAUAAAAAUUUGCAGCCCAGAAACCACUUGUAGAGGCCAUGGACAAUGUAACGAUCAAUUACAAUGUAUCUGUAAUGGAAAAUUCACAGGCACCUAUUGUGAAAAGUGUUUAGAUGGUUGGGUUGGCAGUAAUUGCGACAUUACUUGUUCUGCACAGACAACUUGUUCUGGAAAGGGAAGUUGUUCAUCAACUGGAUCUUGUAUCUGCUCGGCAACUUCCUAUGGAGAUCAUUGUGAGAAUUGUAAAGAUGGUUGGUAUGGAGCUAAUUGCGACUUUAGAAUAGAUUUUACAUCUUUUGAAUUUAAUGAGAAUGGUGAUUCGAUUAGUGCUUCUGUAAACUCUGUCAUGAAGAAGAAUAUCAACUGUUCAUCGCUCAUUGUAAACACUGAAGUGUUAGGACAAGGUGCAACUUGUGUAUUGGAUGGUGAUAAGAGUUUAUUGAUCAUUAAUCUUGGCACCUUGGCAACUAUUGUCAUUAAUGGAAAUCUCAUUAUCAGAAACUACAUUGACAGCAAAUUAACAACCAAUGCCAAAGUGUCAGGAACUUUCUAUCAAAGAGUUGAUCCUGUCGCCUCCUUGACAUCUGAAAAGUCUGUCAUUGGUUGUGGAACAAUGUUCUUGGAUGCUUCUUCAUCCACUUCAUUGGACAGAAGAAGAUUGUUAUUCACAUUCUCUGCAGUCACAGCUCCAAAUAAUCAAGCCUUAUCAAACCUUAAUAAUCUCAUUUCUGGAAAUAGUGCAAGUACUGUCAAAUUCUCAGUGAAUAAUUUUACAGGUGGAUCUUAUUCUGUUCAGGUUGCUGUUCAGAGCACAUUCUCUGGUAGAGUUUCGUAUGCUACGUUUGCAUUCAUGGUGACUGAUGCCUCCCCACCAAAUUUGAGUAUUAAGAAUGGUGUUUCGAGUACUGUGACUAUUGGAAACUCAUUUGUGGUUACACCAAUUGUUUCAUUCCCUUCAUGUUAUUCUGGUUCUGCUUUAAUAUCUAAUCUGAAAUUUACCUAUACUCAAGUUAGCGGUGCUGCACUCCAGAUUAAACAAAAGAAUGAAUUGUUGGUGUUUAGUUCAGAUUAUACCAAGUUGACUGAAGAAGGUAAAUAUGUAUUUAGUUUGAGUGCUGUUGAACAGGGAUAUCCAGGAGCAUCCAUCACAUUCGAAAUCAUCGCAGUAGCCCUUCCAUUGAAAGUUUCGUUCAAUAUUCGUGACAUGUCUCAAUCCAUGGAAGAUAAAAUCUCGUUUACAGUACUCAAACAGGAUCCAAGUAAUCCAGAUGAUGCAAGUGGACAAGUAGCUCUAUCUUGUGUCAAUAUGGAAACUUUACAAAGUUGUGAUGGUUUCGUCCAGAAUGGUGCAAAUAUUGAUCAGACCACUUUGUUAUUUAACCAAAAGUAUGGACCUGGCGUUUAUUUGUUUACUGCUGUGUACACCAAGGGUUCGAGAUUCUCCUCUUCCAAAGUUAAAAUCACUGUCACAAGUCAAUCGAAAUCAUCCUUCUUGAGAAUAUACAUUAAUACUCCUUCCAAUAUUGAUCUGACCUCAGUUGACCCAUCCACUUAUUUAAUUCUUCAAGCACAAAGCAUCGACUCACUAAGCGUUCAAAGAAUCUACUCAUGGACAACUGAUUUUGAUUCCUCCUCCACCUCCUCAUUGGAUCUCAACAAGAAAUACUUGUCCAUUCCAAAGAGUUUACUUGUUCCUGGUGCUUCUUACACAGUUUCUGUUAAGGUUGUGGAUGGAGCAAAGGUAGGUGAGGGAGUUAUUUCAUUUGUGGUCAAUUCGCCUCCAACAUUGGGAAGUUUGGAAAUUAAUCCAUCGACAGGUGUUGCCCUCACUGAUGAAUUUAAGGUUUCAUGUGGAAAUGGGUGGUCGGAUGUUCAACUCCCGCUGACCUUCAAGUUUUUGUACAGACUUCAAGGAGAUGUGUUCUGGAAAGUAUUGAAAGAAAGAUCUGAAACGAGGUCUUUCAGUACUGUCAUGCCAAGUGGACAUAUAGAAAUCAAAUCCAUUGUCUAUGAUGCUUUAGGAGCCGCCACAGAAACAACACAAAUCAUUCAAGUCACUAAUCCAGUUGACAUUACAUCAGCCGUUCAAUCUUUGAAUGCUAUUAGUACUUCUUCAGUCACUUCCUCUUCGACCUCAUCUGCAUUGAGUGUUAUUCAAUCAUUGAAACCUCAAACUCAAGAAGAAAAGCAAAAAUUGAGUGAAACUGGAUCAAAGAUUGCAAUUGCCUAUUUUUCACAGAUAGAAAAGGAAGAAACCGUCACUUCCCAAACAGUUUCAUCAACAGCCUCUUCAAUUUCUGUUAUUUCAUCCAUCAGUACUUGUAUUUCAAAUCUGCCUGAAAGCACAGUCAGUUUUAUCAUUACUAAAUUCAAGUCAACUGUCGAUGGCGCCAAUUCAAAGCUUAAUUUACCAGAUGAAGAUAUUGAAUCAUCAUUCAACAGUGCCACCACCAUUCAAUCCUAUGUUGUCAAAAAUGGAGAAAAGAGGGCAAUCUAUGUCUUCUCCAAAGUUGAUAUUACAAUGUUAGAUCAAAUUAAGGAAACUCUUGUUAACCUACAAGUGAAGAAUUUAGUUGCAGACAUGCCUGCUGCUAGAACAUUCGGCACAGAUUACUAUUCAUAUAUGAGAUUAAUGAGCGUUUCGUCUUUGAGUAAUUUGAAUGAUACAAUCAGUUCAGAAUCUUCAUUCUCUCUCAGUCAACCAUUCAGCACACUAUCACAAUUUUCUAAUUUGGAUACUGUUAAACUUGUGAUGAAAGUCCAACAACAAAACGAAAGUGUUACCAAACUUUUCUCAUUCAAGGUAGUUUCUACCAAUACUGAAAUACCAAUCAGUUCUGAUUCAAUUGCUGAACUCACCAUUGAAAAUAAUGAUGGAGUUGUACAAAAUGCUGCCACUUACGAAUGCAAGAUUUUACAAAAUGGACAAUUGACAUCAUUGUCCUCAUGUGUGAUUGUUUCACACUCUGCAACCAGCUUUACAGUUAGGGUUCCUUCAACUGGUUCUUAUGCAAUUGUGGCCAAUGUUAAGAAAGAUGUUAUUGUUGACAUAUUGUCAGAAGAUAAUUUGAAAUAUCUUGCUUUCCUAUCAUUGAUUGUUCCAAUUGUUGUGUUGAUUGUCAUUGUUUUCAUUGUUGUGGUUUGUGUUAUUAGAAAGAGAAAGAGAGCAAAAGUUCAAGGUGUUUAA